UCAGUGAAUAGUUUAACACGCUAGCCAUUUGUACGUAUCCGUUUAUUCGUACGCCCGCAGUGGUCCACUGAAAUGGCCACCGACCAUCGUAGAGUAGUGUGUGGCAAACUGUUUUGCACUUGAGCACUACCACGACCUGAAGACACCGUAGCGUAGUAUAUAAUCAGGUCGAGCCGAGAAGAAGGGCGAAAAGAAUUAACAGUUCAUAACAAACAAAAAUGUUAUAAAAUAUUUAUAUUUAACUCUACAAAAACAAUUGAAUAUUUGAUUAGAGCAGACAAGCAGUUACCAAAUAAAAAAAAAAAACUAUGAAAACAAGUGUGAGUUGGAAGACUACGAAUCGUGUAAAGCUUAGAUAAAAAAGACAACAACAAAUGGGCUUAAUGCAUUAAAAUUAUAAAAUGCUGCACAAAUAAAUCAAGGCAGCAUAAAAAUCACAAAAACAAAAGAAAGAAACGUGUUAACAGUGAGAAAUACAACUCGAUUAAUCAGCAAAAAAGUGCAUAAAUAAUAAAAUUUCGCUUCCUUACACUAAAGUAUGAAAUUUUCUAUCAUACAUCAGCGCUGUCUGCGAAUCAACAUUAGUCUGUGAGCGACAACUUUAUUGCAGAGCUGCAAUACAGACCACAAAAUGCAAAAGUGAAUUAAAAAAUAAAAUAACAACAAACAGCUAUAGCUACUAAAGGACUACAAACCCAAAAAUAAAAAAAUAAAAACACAAAAAAAGAAGAAAUAUUGAAGUGCAAUAAAUACAGGCGAAAUAUUUAUUGCAACAAUCAAUAAAUCAACAAACAACUGGAGCAUUACGCAAACUACACUUCCAACUCCAGCGCACUCUUGUAAACACAUAAACCAGUUGGACAAUUAUACACGCCACCUCCCCUCAACAACUCCAGGGCGACGAAGUUUUGGCAAAAAUUGCCAAUAUCGAGCCACGCUACAGCACGCCAAGCCACUAGCGCCAAGUCAGGUCAGGUCAGAUCAAAUUGUUUUGAUUCCAAUUGCUUGUUACAAACCCAAACGAAAGCAACAACAACUAAAACGAAAGGCAAUAACAGUUGGAGUUAAGGAGGAAAAAAGAUUAAAUACAAUAUCAAAAAUAUUAAACCAACGUACACUUCAACAACGUUGCAAUAAUGUCCGUCCAGUGAUUUGUUCUUUACGUUUACGUUUUAUUUUUACUUGUUUUGGUAAAAAAAAUUCGUAAAAUUUGCAAUAAAUAAAUCAGCUAAGAGAGAAAAAAUUGUUGUGAAAGAGUGAAAAUAUAACUUCUAAUGCAACUAAAUAUGAAAUAAGCAAUGCUCCUAUGCCUUCAAUUCUAAAAUUAGUCCCGGAAUACAGCUAAACACUAAACGUUGACAUAAACGUUUAGAAAUUUAGAAAUAAAAAUUAAUAAACUAUAAGUUUUUAUGACGCACAAGUAAAGCUAAUAAGGGGAAAACCAUAUACUUUAAGAACUUUAAAGCAGAAAACUUAUAUAUACAUAUAUAUGUAUGUAUAUUUAUAAAUCGAUUAAAAGUCUAAAUUAGGCAUCCACCCAUAUUGCGGCAUUUCAAUACUGGUCAUAAGCCAUAACAGUAUUGCCAUGUGUAUUUGUCAUUAUUAAAAGACUGUUGCUACCGUUUCUUCUUCUUCUUCACCCGCACACACGCCCACAACAGUGUGACUGUUUUAAAUUGAAAUGUGGCUCGUAUAAAGCUGAAAGCAAGCAAAAACAAAAAUGCCCUGAGUCAGUCAACAAAAUAUACGUAUGUACGACAAACCUCACGCAGACCCACCCACGUGCACACACAAAUUGAGGAACACGCACUUCACGAGUCGGAAUAAUAAUUGACAGCGCAUUGUUGUUCUUGCUGUUGCACUUUCAAUCUUGCCUGGAAUGCCAACUUUGUCAUCAACAUCUGCAUUUUUGAUGAGCAACAAAACAAAGGCACUGUGUAAGCAGCACUCCAAAGGAAGCUUAGGCCAGAAGAAAUACAAAAGCAAAAGCAGAGGCAGAAGUAGCUGUGUAUAUGCAUCAGAAGUGAAAACAUUUUAGUUAUAAAAUUUUUAAAUACCCAAAGCUAUAAAAUAAUUAAGCACAUACGACAUUGCGCAUUCUCAAAUUUGCGUACCACCCUAAUUGCUACCCACAAAAGGCGUAUUUCAGCGCGUCUAACCAAUAUGUUAGUAGAUGUGUAUGUGUGUGUGGUUGAUGCGUAAAUGUGUAGUGGAGGCUAAUUGAAAAAAUACACACAAUUACACAUACAUAGGAAGUUGAACUGUAACAGCGGCGUUUUAAGUGAUUUGUUGUGUAUGAGUAUGUGUGCAAUUAGGUAACUGAUAGCCACCGGUGCGUAUGAGUAACGCCUUUGCAAAGUAAUUAACGAGUUAUUAUCAACAAAAUCCCAAGAAGAGCAAGGCAUAAAAAGGUGUUAAGUGUAAGAUUUGAAACUGGGCCAGAGUGUGGUUGGGUACAUGCAACUUGAUACUGCCAGUGGUAGUUAUUUUAGUCAAUCAGGCGUAUGUCAGCGCUUGAAAAGGGCGACUGCGUCCAAAUUCUACAUGACGAGCGUAAUGAGCGAAAACUGAAUUAUUAACUAGGAUAUUUUAUAAAUGAUGACUGAGAAGAAGAGCAGCUGCGUUUACAUGUGCGUGAGUGUAAUUUAUAUAAAAAUACGCACGGGAAUAUAUAAAACAAAUCAAAGCAAAUCAAAUUGAGCACACUCAAUAGUGAAGUACUCAAGUGAGCGGUGCUGCGAUGUUCUAUAAAACCGGGAAAAUCUUCUAAGUAAUUCUCCCAAAGGCUCUAUGAGGGACUGUGCAAAGUGAAUAUAGCUUUGCUGGUGCCAGAAAGUGAAAUAUACAUGGCUAAUAUUGAUAAGCGCUCAGUACUCAGAAUAUAUUUGAAAAUUAAUAGAAACUAGAAAAAAGUUUGCAUAUAAAAUAUAUAUGCAAGCCCGCAGAGAAUAAACGAUUCGUCUACAUUCAACUGACUCAAAAUCAAAACUAAAGCAUAUUAAAAAACAAAAAAGGACAAAAAAACAUCAUUGGAAGGCAGAAAAAAUACGUAACGAAAAUAUUUCACUUUUUACAUGCUUCUAUAUAUAGACUUCAUGCUAUUUCUUAUAACUUACCAAAUGCCACUUUUGUGCUAAACGAGCAGCAACAUCAAAUUUGACUGCAUAUAAAACCAAAAGCAAAACCCAUAACGAGAAAACUUUAACAUUCUAAACAUCUUUUCACGACAUGACAAUAGUACAAGCGCCAAAGAAGACAAGUCGCACCACAAAAACACAGUAAUAAUAAUAAAGCAAAGGCGACAGUGACAGCUGAUUUGCAACGUAAAAAAGAAAAAACAAUUAGAGUAAGAAGAACUCUAGUAACCACAGCUAUAGCAAUAGGAAAUAAAUACACAGCGUAAAUCGUUUGUCGGCUGUCAGUUUGUCUCCCAAAGUGUAGACGUUUCAUUGCGUGAGGAAACCAACAAAAACAUAUUAUCGCUUGUCUCAUAGAAAAUACGCCAAUACCUACUAAAAUCGCAAGCACAAGCUCAAAAAGUUAAUAAAAUAACAACAAAGUAGUGGUGUAGUGGGAAAAAGCAGUAAAAAUAUCAACUAAUAUGCGCGAAGCGUCAGCAAGAGCGGAGAAGAGAAGGCAACUCCCCCUGUGAUAUAUAUAAAUUGCACUGUAACCUUAUUUCAAAUAUAUAUGAAAUAUAUAUAACCAAAAUGCUACACCACAAUACCAGCAAAUAAAAAGAAAUACAAAGCUCAUUAAAGUGACAAGGCGCGAGUAUUUUAAUAAAUACAUACACACUAAGCUAAGUCAGUCAUACGCUCUUUAGUGUUCUAGUAACACCCCAGCCUCUAUAAAGUUAAAUAACAAUUAAGAAUUAAUUUACUCAUUUAUUAAAAUUUAAUUAUUUAAAAUAAAAACUAAAAACAGUACUAAACAUAAAACACGCAAUUAAUUAUUAAAAACUUGUAAACGUUUAUUACAAAAUUUUUAAAUUAACUUAACUGCUGCGAAUCACGGCAGCGACUAACAUUUGGUGAACAAAAUAAAGAAACGGUAAAAGUACACAAUUAAAAAAAAACAAAUAAAUAUUGCAAAACAAAAAAAAACACUUAAAAUCAUAAAUAGUAAACCCGCUUAUAUCUAUUUCGAAACACUUCGGCUCGGCGUAUCGAUUCAUCGACUUAACGUUAAACGUCACAACCUCGCAACCAGCGUUUUCAUAGCACGCACAUCAGUGCAAGUUUAUUUCAUUAAAUUAAACAGCAACAACAACAGUAGCAGCAAAAAUGGGUGACGAACUGGAAGAGCGCACUUUCAAGGAGAAAAUGCUCUUCUACACCACUGCCUUCUUCAUUCUACUCGGCACAUUUAGCAUGUUCGCCUUUCUAUUUCUUGUGCCCUUCGUUAUAGAGCCCGCAUUCACAACGAUCUUCAUGCAAUUCGAAGAGGUGCCAGCUCUGUGCGAAACCUACGAUGUAGAAACAUAUUUCGGUGCGAAGAACUGUUCAUGGGCAUCGUGUCGUGAGGGUUGUACAAAGGAUAUUUACACUUGUACACAAAUACGUGUCAACUAUCGACUGAACUUGUACAACUACACAGAUGAGUUCAAUUUCACCGAAUAUCACAUCAAUUUGGCAGAGGCGGAACGUGAAUUGCCGCCUGUGAAGCGUACGGAUCGCUAUGAGCGUGCCAUACGUGAUUAUGAUUAUGAUGCGGCUACGAGUGAUGCCGCUAAAGCGAAUCAAUUAGAUGUACCACAGGGCGUAUCGGGAUCUAUGGCCGGGUCUGCGUCAGCGGCGACGAGUGGUCUACAGUUGGAUACGAUCAGCUUUGGUAGUAGUGAUGGUGUUGCCAUUGGUGAUGGCAUAAGUGGCUAUCUCGUCGAUGAGGAGCCAAUCGAUGAGGAUUUGGGCAUGGGUGGUGGUGGUGGUAUGCUCAUUAAUGAGGAGCGUCACCCUUUCGAUGAGAUCUCCGAAUUGAAUGAGGGUCUUAUGGGUAAUAAUUCGAUGUAUUUUUAUGUUGGCGCGCGCCUCUUCCCAAACGUUAAGGGUUGUGGUUAUCCGCCUAUGCUCAAUUGCACAAUUUGGCUAAAGCGUUAUACGAAAGUUGGCAUUAAAUUUCCAUGCUACUAUUCGAAAGUGGAUCCAAGUUUAGUGAUAAGCGAUUUAGAUUACUGGCAGAACACAUUGAAUCUGAUCUAUUCGAUGGCCAUACCGAUACCAUCGUUUAUUAUAUCGGUGAUAUACCUGACAUAUGCGUACUUCAAAAUCUAUAAUGAGGAUGAAGAAACGGCGCCGCUCGAUAAAAAUGCCGAGGAUAUGGAUAUUGAUGAGGGUGAGGUGGACGAGAGUGAUGGAGCUGCAUUAGCUAAUAAUGUUGCCGGCAGUCAAAUUAUUAAUAUGGGCUCGACGACGGGUGAGAGUUGUGUGGAUGUGGGUCUGCCGAAUGGUGGGCCUGGCCUGACAACCUCAAUAUCACAGGGUGGCUCGGUCACAACACCCGGUCAGUAUUUGGCGCAAUCGCCGAUUGGUUCACAAAUGACACCAAAUUCUGAUAUAAAUUCAUUCGGUCAUCAGCUUAAAGUGCAAAUGGCGGACGAAUUGUCACGCGACUCACUGGAAAAUGGUGUGCUGUCGACUUCAAACUCUGUGCAGGGAAACUUGAGCAAGACGAUGACGACGAGUAUCUCAACUCCUCCUGGGCCGACGGCAGCAGUUUAAAACGCAAAGUCCACGGCAUGGAUGAUGUACGUUUUCGUAUUGGACAAUGAAAUGUGUGCGCACCUAUUUACUACUUAGCUUUUAAAAGUUACAGCUCGUACGAUGCAAUACAAUUACGAUAUAAUAUUACACAUACAAAACCACAAGAAAAAACAAGGCUAAUAAAUGAGUUAAGUACUUUUUGGUUGCAGCACAAAGACAAUGCAAUAAAUUGAAUACAAUUAAAAAAAAAUACAAUUAAGGAAUCAUUACGAAGGAAAAAUAGCAACUGCACACGCAUGUAUGUAUGUAUGUAGUUAUGUGCUGUUUUCUUCUAAGUAAUUGAAUAUAAUAAUUGAAUUGUGGAAUGAUUAAGCGAAAACAAAUUAACUUGUUUUUUAAUCUGAAAUAAAUUAGUUUUCGUUACAAAAAACCAUAUAUUUCAUAAGACGUAUCCAUCUACUACAUACAUACAUACGAGCUAUUGCAAUAUAUACGAAGUAACUACAGUAAUACCCUCGUAUCAAUACUCAAAUGCUACAGACGAACAUUAUAAAGUGUCGCUGGUGCAUGCAUGCAAAUAUACACACAUAAAUACCUAUAAACUACAUAGACACAUACAUUUCUACAUGCAACAGUAACAACUACACUUUGAAUUAAAUUCUUAACCCAAAUCAUAAUCUCGGGACAGGUUGAAGACUAUCUCUAACAUUAAUCAUCAUACCGCGCUUAUACAUACAUACAUACCUAUGUACAUAGUACAUAAGUAUGUGCAUGUGGGCAGGUGUUAAGAGAGCAAAAACUAGAAAAUUUCGAAAUGUAAAAAUUUUAAUUGAAUAGUAAAUUAAAGUUUAAGCAAAUGUAGACUAAAUCUCAAAGUAAGUAAAUAACUGUAUUUACUUAGCUAGCCACUUUUACACAAAUAACGAAAUUGAAUUAAAAACAGAAUCCGAAGCGCAAUAAACCGGCAAAGCAGACAAGUGAGCUAAAAACAUAUGUACACAUGUAUAUGCGUAUGUAGGCAUUCCGACCUAGUACAUAUGCAAAUGUAUGUUUUCCCAUAAAGAGGGCAGCUGUAGCGAUUUUGGUUGUGGGCCAAGGUUGGCCAGGUAAAGCGAACAUUUCAUGAAACGAGUUGUUGGUCUUGAUUGGCCUAUGUCGGAUCAUGGUUGUGGGGGAUUGAGAUACGUGACUGAAGGCAAAAACUUUUUUUAUUGAAAAUUUAAGCGCAUUAUUAAAUAGAGACCAAAUGCAAAUCAACUUUAUUGCUGGUGAAAAAAUAAUAACGAGCAAGUGACCAAACAUUAGGAAAAACGAUAGAACAAAAUUCCAAAAUUUAAAACAAAUCCAGAGAUAUUUUGUUAGUUAACUCAAAUGACUUUAAAUACAUAUUUUUUUUUAAAUAAAUAUUUAGCUCUAUCGCAUACGCGCUCUCGUUCUUUGCUUGCCUGUUAAUGCAU